UGUCCCGCCCGGGGAGGUGCCGGGUCCCGCCCGGGGAGGUGCCGGCCCGCACUUCCUCAGCCCCGCGGAGGCGGCGGAGCAGCCGCGGAGCAUGGCCCAGCGCCGGGAGCCGCGUCCCGCCGCGCCGCUGGAGCGGGAGCUGCUGGCGCUCGGGUGGUACCAUGACAAUCUCACCCGACACGCAGCAGAAGCGCUGCUGCUCUCCAACGGGAAGGACGGGAGCUAUCUUUUGAGGAAGAGUAAUGAAAGGGAAGAUUUGUACUCCCUCUCUGUAAGGGGUAAAGAUUCUGUGAAACACUUCCAUGUUGAGCACACAGGAACUUCAUUCAAGUUUGGAUUCAAUGAAUUUUCUAGCUUGAAAGAAUUGGUCAUGCACUUUGCAAACCAGCCUUUAAUUGGAAGUGAAACAGGAACUUUAAUUGUGUUGAAGCAUCCUUACCCACGGCAAGUGGAGGAACCUUCUAUUUAUGAGUCUGUCCGAGUUCACACUGCAAUGCAGACAGGAAGGACAGAAAGUGACCUUGUCCCAAAUGCUCCCUCACUCGGUACCAAGGAAGGAUAUUUGAUAAAACAAGGCAAAAUAGUCAAGAGCUGGAAAACCAGGUGGUUUACACUGCAUAGGAAUGAACUGAAGUACUUCAAAGACCAGACAGCUACGGAACCAAUUCGAGCACUUGACUUAACUGAAUGCUCAGCUGUGCAAUUUGACUAUUCCCAGGAAAGAGUCAAUUGUUUCUGUUUAGUGUUCCCACUAAGGACAUACUACCUGUGUGCAAAGACGGGGAUAGAAGCUGACGAGUGGAUUAAAAUCCUGCGCUGGAAGCUGUCACAGAUACGGAAGCAGCUGGAGGAGCGCAACACCACCCUCAGUUCCUAGCGGUGUGCCAGCACUACUGCUCCACGGGCAGGAAUUGCCUCUCUCCAAGGGGAAGGCAUUGCUUACCAGAGGGCAGCCUCAGGUCUCCAGUGCUGUCUGUGCCCCCUCCCAGAGGUCACCCAGCUCUGCACACACAGGAUCCUGUGGCUCUGGGUGCUCUGGGGCUGCCGAGUCACGCGUGGGGACGGUUGCAGAACCAGAGUGCGGGUUUGAUACGAGUGGUGUGUGGGUUUGACAUGCGUGGUGUAUGCCUGUAAUACACUUAAUUCAAACAGCUGCCACCUAAUCACAGAUGUGGUCACUGUUCAAAACUUUUUGGGAUUAUUCAGAGCACUCAUUAUUACAAGCUGCAUCACAACUAAGCAUCGGUAUCACAUUCUGUAACCUUGAACCUUUUAUUUAAAACAGGUCCUUUCUGGAAACAUUAAGUAUCUUUUUAUUACCUGUUUAGGCUUUAAACCGAAAGAAAAAUGACAGAAUUACAUUUUGUAAAUAGUAUCUAUACUGCAAUCCAGAGAGUAGUAUUUCAAGGCCCUUUUCAAAGUGACAGAUGCAUAACAAAUUUUUAUAUGGUUUAGCUUUAUACCACAGUGAUGGCUACAAGGGAAUGCUUGUUUCAAACAGCAUCUGUAGGUAAUGGUGAGCAGCAUCAUGUAAGCACACUAGUAUACAAACCAGGGUUUUGAGAAAUCAUAGGACACACAUUUAACAGCAUUGUGGCUCACUAGAGAGACAAGAAGUGGAUCCCCAUGAUGUUGGUGCUGUACUCUAAAUAGGUGUUCCAUUUUGGAAGCUAAAUUUGACACACUGGAGAGGCUCAAGACCAGACUGACCCAGCUGCAAGAUCCCCUGAGCAAUCCUGUGCCUCCUCGAGGGCUGGCAAAGAGGAGGGACCCUCUCUCCCUGCACAGCAAUCAAAUUUAUGCUGAAACACCAUCCGCCAACCUCUCCUGCUAUGCCACACUGCAAUCUGUGUUUGGUAUUGAUCAUGCAGAAGGUGUUUGGUAAUUGCCUUUACUGAGAGAAGAGUGCAGAAGAGGAAGGCAAAAGCACAUUGGAAGAAGAAAGAAAAUCUAGAUUUGGACAUAUAAGUAGCAUUUUAUUUCAACUUAGAAAUUCAAAGUAUUUGUAAAUAUUUUUAUACAGACUGUUUUCUGAAUAAAAUGUCAUUAUAAAACUA